AUGAAAUACAUGGAGAAUAGCAACAAUGUGACAGAGUUUAUUCUUCUAGGACUCACAGAGAAUGCAAAAAUGCAGAAAAUUGUGUUUGUUGUGUUUUUCAUCAUCUACAUCUCUACUAUCGUAGGAAAUGUGCUCAUUGUGGUGACCAUCAAUGCCAGCCCAUUACUGCGUUCACCCAUGUACUAUUUCUUGGCCUAUCUGUCUUUCAUUGAUGCCUGCUAUUCUUCUGUCAGUACCCCUACACUGAUCAUAAAUUCCCUUAGUGAAAAGAAGACCAUCUUCUUCAAUGGGUGCAUGGCCCAGAUAUUUUGGGAACAUUUCUUCGGAGGUUCUGAGGUCAUCCUUCUCACUGUGAUGGCCUAUGACCGCUAUGUAGCCAUCUGUAAGCCUUUGCACUACACAACCAUCAUGAACUGGAGGGUGUGCAAUUUAUUGAUGGGAGUAGUCUGGAUGGGAGGUUGUCUUCAUGCUACCAUACAGAUCCUAUUCAUUUUCAAAUUACCAUUCUGCGGCCCAAAUAUCAUUGAUCAUUUUAUGUGUGAUCUCAGCCCUUUACUUAAUCUUGCCUGCAUGGAUACCCAUACUCUAGGGCUCUUUGUUGCUGCCAAUAGUGGGUUUAUUUGUCUGUUAAACUUUCUUCUCCUCCUGGUCUCCUAUGUAGCCAUCCUGGGCUCCCUCAGGAGUCAUAGUUUGGAGGCCAGACGCAAAGCUCUCUCUACCUGUGUCUCCCACAUCGUGGUAGUUUUCUUAUUCUUUGUGCCUUGUGUUUUUGUGUAUAUGAGACCUGCAGUUACUUUACCCAUUGAUAAAGCAGUUGCUGUUUUCUAUACUAUGAUAACUCCCAUGCUAAAUCCUUUAAUCUAUACCUUGAGAAAUGUCCAGAUGAAAAAUGCUAUAAGGAAAUUGUGUGUAGCAAAAAAUGAUUUCAGGUGA